UUGUACCGGAAGAACUACUAUGAACUCAAGGAAAGUAAGAAACACUCAAAAACAGCGUGUUAUAAACUCUUUGAAUGGUUAUAAAUAAAUACUACUGCUACAAUCUAAGGAGGUAGCAGAAUGCAAGAUAAUUGCGUUUGAACGGCAAAAUUUAGUACCCAGAGCACAGAGAGUAUGUCGUUCCCGCAGCCUAAACCGCAAGCUCCACAGCUGCCCCGGCACCUGCUGAGGACUAUCGACUGUAACCAAGGAGCGGUCCGGGCCGUGCGCUUUAACGCGGACGGGAACUACCUUCUGUCGUGUGGCAGCGAUAAGUCGCUCAAGCUGUGGAGCGUCACCAGAGGCACACCUCUGAAGACCUAUAGUGGCCACGGAUACGAGGUCCUUGAUGUCGACGGUUCCUUUGACAACAGCCAGCUGUGUUCGUGCAGCUCUGACAAGACGGUGAUCCUUUGGGAUGUUGCGACCGGGCAGGUGGCCCGAAAACUCAGAGGUCACGCCGGGAUAGUCAACUGUGUCCAGUUUAACGAAGAGGCGACGGUAAUCCUCUCUGGGUCCAUAGACGGGACGGUGCGCUGCUGGGACACGCGGUCCCGCAGGUUCGAGGCCAUCCAGGUUCUGGACGAGGCUACUGAUGGGAUCAGUAGCCUGAAGGUGUCCCAGCACGAGCUGCUGACCGGGUCGGUCGACGGCCGGGUGAGAUGCUACGACCUGCGCAUGGGGCAGCUGCACAUCGACUUUGUCAACAGCCCCAUCACGUGCGUGUGCUUCAGUCAGGACGGCCAGUGCACUUUGACCUCCAGCCUGGACUCCACGGUCAGGCUGCUAGACAAGACCACCGGGGAGAUGCUGGGAGAGUACACAGGCCACAAGAUGAAGGGCUACAAGCUGGACUGCUGUCUGUCCGGUAAAGACACCCACGUGAUGAGCUGUUCCGAGGACGGACACGUCUACUGCUGGGACCUGGUAGAGGGCUCCCUAACUUUGAAGCUGCCGGUGGGGAAGGCCGUUGUCCAAUCUCUGUCUUUCCACCCCACCGAGACCCAGCUCCUCACAGCCAUGGAGGGGCGUGUCCAGGUGUGGGGGGCUGAGCCUGAGGAAACCGAGGAAGUGGAAGAGGGCGGCAUGAUGGGGGCAUCAUAGAGAGUGCAGUAUGUGUGUGUGUGUGUGUGUGUGUGUGUCUGUGUGUGAAUGCGUGUGCAUGUCAAACCCAUGUUGAAGAAUAUCACAUAUUUUUGUACAUAACAAUGAAUAAACUCUUUUUCUUAUUGUAA